UAUUGGUGCAAAGUAGUGUCAGUUCAAAGAUACAGAGAGGUGCUUGUAAGUUAUCUCAUCAGGUGCCGGAGGGGCGGCCGCUUGAAUAUCUGUCGUGUAACGCCCGCUGGGGAUGUAUGGUUAACCAUGGGUGAAGAAGUAAUGUGACAAGUGGUCCAAGAAGACCGUCUCGUUGAUUUCCACUUCAUUUAAUCUUCACUAAUGACGAUACAGCUCAAACUGAGUCGACGCAGCGAAAGAAGCACCGUCAUGUGAUACUUUGAAGAAUACACACAGCUUUAUCCUCUGGACUUGAUGGGACUAAGGAUGCUUCACAUGCUGCAGGCUGCUUUGCUGUGUUGCUCGCUGGCUGUUGCAGUGCACAGCUGCCCACAACCCUGCAAGAAGUGUUCGGACACAGAAAACAACCAGUGUGAGGAAUGCAGAGCAGGAUGGACACUCCAUCAUAACACAUGUGUAGAUAUAGAUGAGUGUGACACAGUGCUGGGCAUCUGUCCCGCAAACAGCUACUGCUUUAAUACAGAGGGUUCCUUCAAGUGCAGAGAUUGUGACCUAGCCUGUGUGGGCUGUAUGGGCAGCGGACCAGCACGCUGCAGGAAAUGUGCCUCUGGGUACAAACUUACAGGACCUAAGUGUUUGGACAUAGAUGAAUGUAGUGACAGAGUGCUGGCCUGUCAGGGUCUCGAUGAGAUCUGCGCCAACACUUUGGGGUCAUUCCACUGCAACUGUGCUAAAGGAUUCAUCCGCAAGGAUGGUGUAUGUGUAAGGCAGCAGCAGCCCAGUGUUCAGGAGAAAGGUCUGUUUGAGGACAUCCAGGAUGACGAGGUGGAGGUGCUGCAGCAGAUGUUCUUUGGCGUGGUGCUUUGUGCUCUGGCCACUCUGGCGGCUAAAGGAGAUAUGGUCUACACGUCUGUAUUCAUGGGGGCCGUGGCCGCCAUGGCAGGGUACUGGCUCUCUGACCGGGGAGACCGUUUGUUAGACAACUUUCUAAAAGGACGGUAAAGCACCAAACUCUUGAAAAAGACUCAAACAUUUAAAAUAAAAAGAUGUGGAGCAAGAACUUUAACAAAUACAGUUCCAAAAUUAUACAGUAUGCUUACAUGAGGAGCAGGUUAUUAAUAUAAGGGGUAUAUUUUCUCUGAUUUCCCCUGAAAGCAGACCUCUCCCUCUAGCUUUGUAAGAGUUUGGCCAGUCUUUGACUUCUCUUUCCCCAUGUUUACAAACCACCACUGCUCGAAAUGAAAUGUUCUGAUAUUUUUAAAAUAUAUAUAUAUUUUUUAAAUGUAUACUUUUUAGGUCAUACUUAUCAAUAUUGAAAUUAAAAAAAGGCUGCUUCAUUGUAAUGGGUCUUGAAAAUAUAUUACAUUUUUACUUUAUUAAACAACUGAUGUAAAAUAUGAUUUCAAAUAAAAAGAUAUUUUAAUGUGUUGAGAUUCACCUGUAUUUUUACAGCCGUGUAAUAAAAAAAAAGUACAGUUGUACAUUGCAAGGACAUUUCAAAUGUUAAAUCCCCUUUUCUGAUCCCCUGUGUAGAUUUAUUUGUUUGUAUGUAUGAUUUCCCUGAACACUCAACUAAUUAUGUCCUAUGUAAAACUAAUGGUUAGGGGAUAGAUGAACCACACUCCAAGUUAAAUUUAGAUGCAGAUUAAAAUGCAAUUUGUUAAAAAGUUACCAAAUGAACCCAAAAUGUUAUUUUAUUAUAACCCCAGUGCGAGUGGAUUUUGUAUGACUCCACCAAGAAGGUAUUAACCCUCCCCCUCCUUAGAGAAUAAAACAUACAGUUGUGCUCAUAAGUUUAUAUACCCUGGCAGAAUUUGUGAUUUUUUUUUGCCAUUUUUCAGAGAAUAUGAAUGACUAUGUGGACAUACUUAUUCUUUAUAUGCA